AUGCCAAAUCCCAACGCGACAAUGCGUUGUAGUAUUGAGAAAAUAAUAUCUACUGGAAUGUUAUUCCUACAUAACCAAGCCACAAAUAUGCCUAUUCCAACUCCUCUACUGAAACCGAUCAUUCGAAAUAUAGUCAUUAAAGCCUAUAUCGUCCACUACAAUGACCCAAUUGGGUUGGGUUCCAACUAG